AUCAAACUAAAACUACCAUUUUCUGUUUAUUUAAUACCGAAAACACCCUACUAUACAGUUUUCCGACAACACUCCAUAGAGAAAUUCCACGGUAGUUAUUGCAGUCCCUAUUACUACCCAUCUUAUGAAAUGGCGAGAUAACUGCACAUAGAACUAAAGAAUUCCAGGUAAAUCGUUGUUUUUUGAAAUCAAUAAUAUUGGUUCAGUAUGAAAAAUUUGCAUCAUGAGCACGGAUGCAUGCUCGUUAUUACGAAGGGAUGUCCGUUAUUGGGUGGUAACCAGUUUAAAUCAAUUCUACUCUAGACCAGCCUCUUUAUCCAUGAUUUCGCAAACGUCUUGGUUGGAGAAUAUUCCAAUGUGUUAAAAGAAUGCGAAAUGAAUUGAGCGCAUGUAGAAGGUCUUUAAGUAGCUACUACUUAGCACUCGUUAUGCGACAUCAGCAGGUGUAUGACCAAUGGCGCUGAAUCAAUCAAAUCAGUCAUACAAAUGGUACGAUUGCUCAGAUUGCAUUCAAACUAAGGCGACCUAAUUUCCAUGCACAUAUCUAAUAUGUGACACCAUACUAGAGUUUGUGUUUCAUUCCUAGCAUGUGUGUCAUUCCAAUGACUAUGUCCAUGGAUUGGCCAAUCACACCGUUUUGUUGCGGUCAUUAGUCCUUUGUAAUGACUCACUACGGUAUUGAAUGUGAAACCUACUUCAUGCAAUGACAACUGAAAACUUUUUUAAGUGGCACUUGACAUUGUGAAUUUUCUAUUUUGCAGUAGUAAAUCGCAAAUACGAAUCACUUCAAUUGAAUGUCUUCUUUUUACUAAAAAGUCUAAAAAGGUGAAUAAUGCCCACUUGUCUUUGUAAUAACGAGUAACAGUGUUUUUGUUUCAUGCGAACACACUUUUAUAAUCUCAUAGAAAAUUUGUGUCAAUACAUUCUGCAGCGCCGUCGAUUUAUGAUGACAAAAUCCAGUACUAAUCGGUGUUAUUAUGCAGUAUUUCGCAAUUUGUCGAAAUCACUUCCAGCUAUUUACAGGCGAUUUCGCCGUCACUAAUCGACGGCGCUGCAGAGAGUCUAUUUUCUUGAUUAUAAUCGUGUGCAUGCGAAUCGUUCUUUUUAUAUAAUCUUUGAUACGAAAAGUACAGAGAUAAGGAUAAAAUGCAACACUGUUAGAAAUAAUUGUCCCGUAAAAUAUGAAAUUCAUGGUUUUCCGUUAAAAUGUGCGAAUUUAACAGAAGCCGUGUAACCCACAUAAUGGUAAAUUUACAUCAUUUCGGCCAGAUUUUAUCGGAUAUUAUUAUUCAUAUUUUACCAGAUUUUUCGGGACAACUUCACGAUUAUUUCUAAUAGUGAAGCCUACAUAUAUUGGGAUAUAAAAGAACUGUGCGUAGCCAACUCAACAGUUAGUUUUGAAUUAUAAUUGUGGUAUUUUACUUGCGCAUUUCUAUUCGUGAGACGUAAAAGACUGUAUGUAUCUGACUUUUUUCAGGCGUAGAUUACGAGUAACUGAAAAAAGAUAACGAAAAAUUGUCUUCGGCCAAGUUGUAGUAUCAUUGGUGUUCUACAACAUUGCUGAAGACAAUUUUUUGUUAUCUCAUUUCAGUUAUUCGUAAUCCACGCCGAGAAAAAGGCUAAAAACAUACGUUCUUUUACAUCUCAAGUAGAACAAACUUCGAGACUGCAAUUUGAUAUAUAAAUAAAACGAAUUACAAACGUAAUCCAAACUUUUCCGCUCCGCAGCAAUUUAGUUUACCUCCCGCUUAAUGUUUAACCAAAAUUUCAAUAGACCCUUUUUUCGUAGCAUUUUUGACCUUAAAAUAUAACUAUUUCGACCAUUUUCCAUACAAGAGUGUCAUUUUCGAACAAAAUUUCAAGAUAUGUUGAUUUCGGACCAAAUUUAUGGGCAAGUAGGUGUUCGGUUGUCCGAAGGCUCCCAUUAUUCUUGCAAAAAAAUAUCAGUUUGCUUUGACCAAAACCCUAAAAAAUGGCUUUCUGAGUGAUUUUUUAUACAAAAGUCUAUUUUUCGAGGAAACUUUCAAGAAAUGUCGAUUUUAGACCAAAUUUAUGGGCAAGUAGGUGUUCGGUUGUUCACAGACUCCCAUUAUUUUUGCAAAAAAAUGGCAGUUUGCCUUGAUCAAAACCCUGAAAAAUGCUUUUUUCGGGUACUUCCCGUACAAAUGUACCAUUUUUGAGGGUUUUUCUUAGGAGAGGUACCCCAAGGUCACAUCGGAUAUGGCUCAAAAUCAAUCCGAAGCUUUGUCUCAACAUGCCAAAACUUUUGGCUUUUACAGAUUUUGGCUUUUCAAUUAUCUUUUCAACUUUUUGAGAUAAUCGACAAACAAAAAACUCGGACGCGAACGCGGACGACGCCAUACGCACAUCGCUAUUUUGCACAUAUUUCAUAGUAAACAACAUGUUUUUGGGGGUAGAUAGGUGUUGAUCGAUAGGAUUUCAUCCCAUCUACAUUGCCUAGUGUACAGAUAUAUGCUUUUUCAAGUUUGGCGUGACGUUAUAGUGGUCAGAAAGAGGAGAUGUCAUGAAAUUUUGGCUAGUAAAACCAAUACUUUACCUAACAAACAAAAUUUGCGGAAAAGUAAAAGGCUUGCAUUGUACGGAGAUUCAUCAGUGAGUAAAGUGAAUUGAAUGGAAAAAAUGCGGUUCAAUACGAUUUCAGUGCUGUUGGGUAAAAUAAAUUACGAUACAAUCGAACUUUUUUUCAGACACAAUUUAAUCAUUCGGUAAUAUUGAAGAAAUUGAGUCUUCUUUUGACCUACCUAGGUGUGCUCAUAGUGACUUCUCUUGCAGCAGCACAAACGGUUUCUUCGUGAGCAAAUUGAAAAUAGAUUUCUAACAAAUUUAAUUGUGUUUUAUCAGCCUGUUGACGGCAGUAGUUACUGCACAUUGCCUGAUUGCCCAAAUCAAUCGAGCGUGAUGUGUGGUGCCACAAAUACAUUUGGAUCGAACUGUGUGAAUCCAGUAAUUGUGCCCACGACGAAUGAGAGCAGAGCAUUUAUGUUGGAUCUUAUAAAUGGGUAUCGAAGUGUAGUUGCAUUGGGUCAAUUGCCUGAUGCUAUUGCCGGUAGAACAGCUGCACGAAUGGCAACAAUAGUUUGGCAUGAUGAAUUGGAAAUGGAGGUACAAGAAAAUGCGAUAACGUGUACACUUAACCACAAUGGAUGCCGAAAUACAAACCAGUUCAUGUUUGCUGGUCAGAAUAUGGGAUUUUCAUGUAGUGAUCCUGCGUCUUCAACACCAGAUACAGAUGCUGUACGAGCAAUCUUUGCAGAUUGGUGGAAUGAACAUCUAGCUAUAACUUCAAUCGCUGCUAAUAAUGAUUUCUCAGGCAUUCAAGCGAGUGAUCCAUAUGGACAUUUUACACAAAUGGUCACAGACAAUUCCUUUGCCAUGGGAUGUAGCAUGGUUAGAACCAGCUAUGGAAAUGCCGGCUUUUGCUAUUGGCUCGGCAUAUAUGCAAGAUUCUCACUCUCCAGAUCCCAUUCAUCGUUAAAAAUGCAAAACGAACUAAAUUUGAUUGACAGUUUUGGGUAUUAG